AUGCUUGCUGUGUCCAUCUCGCCAUCACCGCCGCUAAAGAAGGUUCAUUUCGACGUCGACAUCGAAGCCGAGCUCUUCCAGCCGACGCAUACCGUAUGCACGCCCAAGCUGCGCACGAACGGGCUCAAGUACCGCGCGCCAGGCGCCCGCAUGGACGUGAGCGAGACGCUGGCGCCGCCGAGCAGCGUGGCGAAGCCCAACUACGACGACUCGCUGCGGCGCGUCGCGGUCGUCUUGUACCAGCACAUUCGCCGCUGCGAGAAGCGCUUGCGCGAGACCGCGCCGCUGCUCAUGUCGACCAUCCAGAGCGCAACGAUCGCCGAGACACCGGUUGCCGAGGCCAGCCAGCACCACGCGUUGCGCACCGAGUCGUUUGAUGCGUCGACGGUCCACCCGACGAGCGGGCACCUCCCGGGCCUGCACCUCUCGCUCGACAAGGUGUUUGACGAAGAGCACUUUGUGUCGCCGACGUACAAGUAUACCUUUGUCCGGCUCCCGACGCUGCACCCGCUCUCGUACUACCGCAUGGACAAGGUCAACUGCAAGACGCACAUUCCAAGCGUCGAAGAGAUCUUCCGCUUCUGCAAGAACCUCUUCAACCGCGCGCAGCUCAGCGCCGAGUGCACGAUCGUGUGCCUCAUUUACAUUGAGCGGCUCAUGGAGCGCGCCAACAUCCCGCUGCUCGGGUCGAGCUGGAAGCCGAUCGUGCUCUGCGGCCUUUUGCUCGCAUCCAAAGUGUGGCAAGAUCUCUCGUCGUGGAACGUCGAGAUCUCCAACAUUUACCCGCAGUUCCCGCUGCACUGCAUCAACCGCCUCGAGCGCCUCUUCCUGCACUACAUCCAGUGGGACCUCUACAUCUCGGGCUCGGUCUACGCCAAGUACUACUUUGCGCUUCGGAGCUUGACGGAAAAAAAGACUUUCGACGCCGAACGGUCGGCCGCCGUCAAGAACGAGCUCUAUUCCCGUAGCUUGUAA